CACACGAGUGAAGCAUCACCACCCACCAGUCAAGCUUCUUUUAGCUAGACCAGCAGAAGUUACACCCUAGCAGAAGUUCGUUGAGUUGCCGAGGUCCAUCAGUCCAUCUUUCUGCAUGGACUUGGACAUGGCCAUGGAUAUGACGAACCAAGAACAGCUCAUGCACACCAUCUCCCAACUCGACAGCGCCCUCACAUACCUUGCUUCUCCAUCCACAUCGCCACCGCACCAGCCACCGGUACUAGUCCCGCCGUAUCCAUCGUGUGCCACCAGUGCUGUUACUCCAACGAUGGUGACGAUGCCGGUGUCCGUGCCGCCGCCGGCCGCGGCCUACCCGGAGCACCCGACGACGCGGCGGCUUGUCGGCAUCCACUCGGCCGUGGACGUGGAGAGGCCCAGGCGCCGCAACGGGCGCGUCUCGAGCGAGCCGCAGAGCGUGGCGGCGAGGCUGCGGCGGGAGCGCGUGAGCCAGCGCAUGCGCGCGCUGCAGCGGCUGGUGCCCGGCGGCGCGAGGCUGGACACGGCGUCCAUGCUGGAGGAGGCCGUCCGCUACGUCAGGUUCCUCAAGAGCCAUGUCCAGGCGCUCGAGCAGGCCGCGGCCGCGUUACAUGGCCACCACGAGGACGUCACCAGCGGCGACUGCCACCAUCACUGCCCGCGCUAUGCUUAGAUGGGAGAUGCUUACCAUACAUUGUGAACGAUGUAUAUGGUGCAAUGCAAGUAAUUGAAGCGUCUGUGCGUGAUUCUUGUGGUAGUACUUACGUUAUAAUUCUGCCACAACUCACAAGGAGUGCAUGUGUUCUCUUCUUGAUUACCCCCUCAUGCAGCAUGUACAAAUUCAUAUUUUAAGUUCA